AGUCACCGAGUGACGUUCCAACAGGAAGCUAAACAUGGCUGACGGUGAGUGAUAAAUGGCGAAAGUUAGCUUCAAGCUUCGCUAAAGUCUCGGGACCUUUCAGUUUCUGCUACAGGUAUUUGAACCUUGUAUUGCGUGGUUUAGAUCCACACCGGAACAAAUCACCGAGAACAAGUGAAAUUGUGCGUUGAGUUUGUCCGUUAAAGGCCUCGCCAAAGCGGGCGCUAGUUAGCCAGUAGCCACGUUAGCUGUCUUUGUUUUUGUCAUGGCUUAGUGCUAAACGACUGGUAUCGUGAAGCGUUUUUGACUAUUUUCUCUCUCUUUAGCCGAGUUACCGGGCGUUUAUUUCUCCUUAACUGGACUGUGCUGCAGCUAAACCCCUAAGCCUUGGUUAUAUUUAAGGUGGGGUCUAACCAUUAUUGCAGUGUAUCUUCAUAGGCCAACCUCACAUCAAAGCCAUAUUUAUUUUUUUAAACCGGACGGGCAAAUAUUGUGAGAUUUUUGACAUUCCGGACUGAGCCAGUGUAUGAUUAUUACGCCCUGGAGACAUGGAGCCACACCGCGCACACGGCAAACCUCCAGCAAGCGGCGACGGCAGCAGCGGGGACUCCAGCCCCGCGUCUCCGUCCAGCAGCACCGCACCGGCGGCGAGCAAAGCCUCUGUUCCCGGAGGCAACGCGUUCGCUAAUGAUGGCAGCUUCAUGGAGAUGUUCAAGAAGAAGAUGGAGGAGGAGCAGAAAAGAAAAAAAGAGACGCCGCAAAGUGGAGAUGGGAGAGCCACAGAACAAGGACAGACAUCAGUGGAGAGGAAGCCCCCUCCCGUGACAAGCUUUGUGGGGAAGCGCCGAGGCGGUGUGUUCCUUAAGACCGGUGUGGUUGCAAAGAAGCAGAAACAGGACUCGGAAGCUGUGCCUGGCAAGAGCGAUGCCUGGUCAAAGUACAUGGCUGAGGUGAAAAAGUACAAAGCCCACCAGUGUGGUGAUGACGACAAAACCAGGCCUCUGGUCAAGUAGUCCUCACGAGGUGGACGUGGCAAAGUUGAGAGGGGAAAACCACCUGAAAGAAGCUCUGCGAGGGCCGGUCAAUCCUGAUCACCUCAAGCUGCCAGUUACCCCUCACAUCUUUCUCAAACAGACUUGACACUUUUCUUUUUUUUGUAUUGUUUUUCUUUUGUGUAUUUGUCAAACAUUAUGAUCUGGUGUCAGGUGUUUUCAAAAACUUGACAUACAUUAUGUCUUUUCAAAUUUGUCAUGUCUACUUUAUGUUUAGAUUUCCUAUGGUUUAAUAGCCAAUUUAAGGUUUCAAUUAAAUCAACACUGCCCA